AUGCCCAAGAAACACAAUACUAACAAAGACGUGAACCAAAAUGUCGACAAGAAUCGUCCCAAGUCUAAAACCGAAAAGAAAGAAGAACAAAAGAAGCGUAAACAAAAGAAAAAUGAAAGGGCAGAAAUGGCCAAGAAAGGCUUUUCUUAA